AUGUUUAGUGCAGUUCCUCCACUGAAAGCAAUCAAGUUCGAGUGUAGUAUUGGGAAUAAAAUUAUCACAUCUAUGGGUUUCUUAAGUUGUUGGUCUUUUUUGUGGGAUAUUAUUAUACACAACGAGAAGCAUCUAUCAACUGUUAUAGAAACCGAAGGUUGUCAGGGAAUCGAAACUAGGAUCUGUGCUUUGCCCGACGAUUUGCUCUUGCGCAUCUUGUGCUACGUCCCCACAAAAGAUGCAGUCGCCACUUCAAUCUUGUCUAAACGAUGGCGUUAUGUCUGGACGAUGCUGGGUAUACUCGAGUUCAAAGACGAUGGCAGCGAGAGCGUUGGGUGGUUUACUGAAAAUUCAUUGCAACUCCAUAAGGCACCGAAACUAGAGAGCUUGACUGUCCAACUCGGUCCACGUUGUCCUGUUGACGUUGAUGUCGGAAAGUGGGUUGAGAACGGAGUUAAUAGAGGUGUGGAAGAGUUAGAUUUCAAGCUCCUAUGGACCGCACAGCCCACAAGCUUUCCUGAGUGCCUUUACACAUGCGACACGCUCGUUGAUUUAACUCUAUCCAACCAGAUUCUAGUGGAUGUUUCUUUCCCGGCUCGCCUACCAUCUCUCUUAUAUCUGACUCUCGCAUACGUGGUGUAUAAAGACGAAGACUCUCUUUUUAAGCUUUUAUCAAGUUCCUCUGUUCUCAAGAGGCUGAUAGUGAGUCGACGUGAGGAUGACAACUUGAAGAACUUUACCGUGAAAGUUUCUUCCUUAGAAACAUUAAUUUAUGAGGAUUUUUGCCUCAACAAUGAGGUAGAGGAUAAUGAGGUUGAUGAGGUAGAGGAUAAUGACUUAGAGGUUGAUGAGGAAGAGGAUGUUGAUGGUCUCAAUGGAUUGUUGAUGAUAGAAUCCCCUUCAUUGACAAAGUUGGACUUAAUUGACGUUUGGGACUAUUGCUUGAUAGAGAAUAUGUCUUGCCUUGAUAACGCAUUCAUCGGUAUUGUUCCUAACCACGUUGAAAAGUUUCUGCGAUCUCUUUCUUCUGUCAUACAUCUGCACUUAUUUUUUACCAAAUCAAUGGUUGCAAGCUGUAACGCCAUCAAGUUCUCUCGGCUUAUAGAGUUUUACUUUCGUCCAGAUGAUUUAGUAGAUUGGUUGGAACCACUUAUGUCUUUGCUUCAAAAUUCUCCUAAACUAAAAACUCUUACGAUUGACACUGAAAUCAGCGAUCACCCACUUUCUUGGAAUCAGUCGAGUUCUAUUUCAGGAUGCCUGUUGUCUCAUCUAGAGAUAUUGAGGUGGAGAGACUAUGGAGGAAGAGAAUAUGAGAACAAACUAUUGGACUACAUUCUCGCAAACUCAAACUGUUUAAAGACAGUGGAGAUCUCCCUCUUAGCAACCUGCAAUCUUGAAGAGACACAAAAGGAGUUAGAAUCUGUGCCUAGGAUUUCAACAUCAUCUCAACUUCUAAUCUCCAUCAUCUCAACUUCUAAUCUCCACUCAAAUGGCAUGGAGGUUUAACGGAAUAACAAUUGAGUAGCCACAUAGUGACUGUCUCGGAUUAAUCGUAAGGUUCUACUUUCUUAGUACAACUAUAUAUGUUUAGGAAUCUUCUCAGUACAACUAUAUAUGUUUAGAGGAUUUCAUCUUAAUUCCAAGCCUGGAUAACAGAAGCCCAAAGCCAGCGACAACCAUCAUUUCAUCAAAUGAAUCAGUUACCAGGGCUGUGCUUAAAUAUUGUAACUUUAGGGGUCGUCAUCUACUUGACAAAUUGACAAAAGCCUCCCAUCUUUGCUAUCGGUGACUCAGAAAAUGAUUGAGAUUGACUAAAGUUCAAUGGAAAAUAAUUUAACAAGAAAUCCGAAUAUUUUACUAGUGAUUAGCUGCUACUUACGCAAUUCGAAUAUUUCAACCUCCUUGCAUUAGUAAAAAACGAGCCCACUAAAAAGGAACAAAUUCAUCAGGUUUUACCCACUGAGUUUAAGUUCGUAGCAAAACAUCAUAUGCCAUUUUUAAUGCAACCUAUGCUCACCCAAAACCUAAAACAAUUAACACAAGGACAAGCAGAGGAAAGGAUGUUUAGAGUCGCUGAACAUCAGUCAUAUAGAUUCACUAUCCAUCAAAACUGUUUCAUUAAGAUCAAUUGUCCCUAUCUCUAUACAUAGUUACAGUCCUAAAGCAUAGAAUACUCCAUCAAGAAAGUAUAAUUGUAUAAAUACAGGGUUUUACCUUAUUGCUGCAUCUGAUCCACAAUUUGCUGAUAUAAUAUAUUCAAUACAAAGGUCAGACAGAGGUGAAUGAACUCAAGAGAUUGCC